AGCGGAUCGGAGCGGGCGCGAUGCAGCCCCCGACGGGCCCCGCGCUGGCCUCUGCCCCCGAGAGCCCGCCGGGGGCGGCCCCGGGCUCGCCGCUGCUCCGCUGGCAGUGGCGGGAGGUGCAGUUGCCCUGCCUGGUGGCGGGCUGGAUCCUGGUGGCCAGUCUGGCCAAGAUCGUGUUCCAGCUGUCCAAGAAGGUGACGUCCGUGGUCCCAGAGAGUUGCCUCCUCAUCCUGCUGGGGCUGGGCCUCGGGGGCAUUGUUCUGGCCAUCGCUAAGAGAGCCGAGUACCAGCUGGAGCCAAGCAUGUUCUUCCUCUUCCUCCUGCCCCCCAUCGUCCUGGACUCGGGCUAUUUCAUGCCUAGCCGGCUGUUCUUUGACAAUCUCGGGGCAAUCCUGACCUACGCGGUCAUUGGCACGCUGUGGAAUUCCUUCGCCACCGGAGCCGCCCUCUGGGGCGUGAAGCAAGCGGGGCUGAUGGACGAGGGCGUGGAAGCUGGCCUGAUGGACUUCCUGCUCUUCGGCAGCCUCAUCUCGGCUGUGGAUCCUGUGGCGGUGCUGGCUGUCUUCGAGGAAGUCCACAUCAACGAGACCCUCUUCAUCAUCGUGUUCGGGGAGUCCCUGCUGAACGACGCUGUCACCGUGGUGCUGUACAAAGUCUUUAACUCCUUUGUGGAGAUGGGCCCUGCGCACGUCCAGGCCACAGACUACCUGAAGGGUGUCGCUUCCUUCUUCGUGGUGAGCCUCGGGGGGGCGGCCGUGGGGCUGCUCUUCGCCUUCCUGCUGGCGCUGAUCACCAGGUUCACCAAGCGCGUGCGCAUCAUCGAGCCGCUCUUCGUCUUCCUGCUGGCGUACAUGGCGUACCUGGCCGCCGAGAUGGUCUCGCUCUCCUCCAUCCUGGCGGUCACCUUCUGUGGGAUCUGCUGUAAGAAAUAUGUGGAAGCCAACAUCUCACGGAAAUCCCGCACCACUGUCAAGUACACCAUGAAAACGCUGGCGAGCAGCUCCGAGACCGUCAUCUUCAUGUUCCUGGGUAUCUCCGCCGUGGACACCUCCAAGUGGGCGUGGGACACGGCGCUGGUGCUGGGCACCCUGCUCUUCAUCUUGCUCUUCCGGGCUGUGGGUGUCAUCCUCCAGACCUGGGUGCUCAACCACUUCCGCCUCACGCCGCUGGACCGCAUCGACCAGGUGGUGAUGUCGUACGGGGGUCUGCGGGGGGCCGUCGCCUUUGCUCUGGUCAUCCUGCUGGAUGGAGCCAAGGUGCGAGCCAAGGACUACUUCGUGGCAACGACCAUCGUGGUGGUCUUCUUCACCGUCCUCGUGCAGGGUCUGACCAUCAAGCCGCUGGUGAAGUGGCUGAAGGUGAAGCGGAGUGACCAUCACAAGCCAACGCUGAACGAGGAACUGCACGAGCACGCCUUUGACCACAUUCUGGCAGCGGUGGAGGAUGUGGUCGGUCACCACGGUUACCGGUACUGGCGAGACAAAUGGGAGCAGUUUGACAAGAGGUACCUGAGCCAGCUCCUGAUGCGGAAAUCGGCCUAUCGGCUCAAAGACGAAAUCUGGGACGUUUACUGCAAGCUGAAUAUCCGCGAUGCCAUCAGCUUUGUAGAUCAGGGUGGUCACGUGCUCUCCGCCUCGAGGCUCACGCUGCCCUCCAUGCCCAGCCGGAGCUCCAUGUCGGAGUCGUCGGUCACAAACCUCCUGAGGGAAAGCGGCAGCGGCGCAUGUCUGGAUCUGCAGGUGAUCGACACCGUGAGGAGCAGGAGGGAUAAGGAAGAUGCCGUGAUGCACCAUGUGUUACGCGGGAGCCUCUACAAACCCCGCCGGAGGUACAAGGCCAGCUACAGCCGCCACUUCAUCUCCCCGAGUACACAAGAGCGGCAGGACAAGGAGAUAUUCCAGCAGAACAUGAAGAGGCGGCUGGAAACCUUCAAGUCCACGAAGCACAACGUCUGCUCGGCCAAGAGCAAGGCCAGGCUGAAGAAAGACGGCAGGAAAAAGCAGAAGAAGAGUGCCGCGAAUGCCGAGCUGCCCAACGGAAAGCCACCCAGAAGCGUUACCUGGCAGCAGACGGCUGCCGUUCUAGUGGCGGUCGACUCCGACGACGAGGAGAGUGACAGCUCCGAGACAGAGAAGGAGGAUGAUGAGGGGAUCAUCUUCAUCGCUCGAGCAACGGACGAGAUCCUGCAGGGCAAGAAGGCGUCCGGCAGCCUGGACGUCUGCCCGAGCCCACGUAUCAUCCCCCCUUCGCCCACCUCGGCGGAGAAGGAGCUGCCCUGGAAGGGUGACCGGGGCGACCUCGCUGUUUACAUCUCCUCAGAAACCACCAAAAUUGUGCCAGUCGACAUGCAGACCGCGUGGAAGCAAAGCAUCUCCUCGCUGGAGAGCGUCGCCUCCCCGCCCGGGGCCGAGCCAGGCCCACACGCCAAGACGUUGGCUGGCCCGGUGCCGGAGGAGACACACGUGGUGCCAGAGCAGCGCACCUGCUUUCAGUUCCCCAAUCCCCUCCUGAGGAGCAGCAGGCCUCAGAGCGCCGGCAGCCCGGAAAGGACGGAGCAGCCGGAGCUGCAGCCUUUGAUGGCUCCGGACGAGCACGGCAGGAUGAGUACGUCUGCCGGGCCUAGCAACAGCAGGUGGCUAAUUCAGUUCAACAGAGCCACCAGAUUUUCGGAUGGAUAGCGCGCUCAGCCGUCGCUGCAGAGCGGCCUCUCGGCUGGAGCUAGGCACCUGGCUUCGAACCUCGCGGGGGCUGUCUUGGUAAAUCAAAGGGUUCGCAGGUGCGGUCGGAGAGCGUGGGACAGGGAGGCCUUUCGGAGCUUGGGUUCGCACUGAGCCAGCAGCGGGUGUCGGCCGGUGGAGCUAGCCGUUCAAAACUCCAAGCAGGUGGGCUGGCUGCCUGCUGUAACAGUGUCAGUGCUCGUCGCAGCCCCUCCACGCAGUGGGAAUAACCAGAUCCUAAACCCAGCCCUUCCAAACCCUAAAGCACGAGGGGCCCUUUCCUCCCCGCCUGGCUGGUUGGUGGCUCGGUCCGUGGCCUGGCUGCCCCACGACAGCCGAUUUCUCAAGACCUCCCAGGCAGGGGGUAGGUGCUGCUCUGCAGUCCCUGCUGCCCAUUCCCCAGCAGGAGCGAGGAAGGGCUCCCGAGCACCGGCACCUCGGCGGGAGCCCCCAGCCUCGGCAUUUCUUGGAGUGGCCGGCCCGUGUCGGGCGAGUGGCGCAGUACGAGGGGCUGGGACGUGCCCUGCCUGUGGGCGCCACGGAGACACAGCAGCCUGGCACCGGGAGGUCGUUGCAACGACAGGGACCAGCCCAGCUCUGAGCUGGGUAAGGAGCUGAAAAUAAAAUGCAGGCGAGCGUCCCUCAAUCGGCAGCAAAGGCAAACGCCAGCCGGGAGGCGAGAGCUCAGGACACUUCCAUCGCCUCUUCCCAGCGAUGGCUGGAGCUCUGCGUGUUUAGAUCACCCGUGUAAACGUCCCUCACCGGGGUGUCUGGGCACAGACGUGUACUAACCGAAGAGACUCCCAGCACCGUGGGCUCCACUCUUGCCUGCUCAGCGCUUAGUACUUGGAGCCGGGACAUCUGUGAGCAGCUUCUGUCAGGGCCUGUCUACACACAGAGUUAAUCUGGAAUAACCAAUGGGCUUUCAACUCAUCCCUAAUCCCUACCGUAAUGCAGAUUAACGGUCAAGAGUAGACGAGCCUGACUGGGGACCGGGUUGGUGGGGGAGGGACUUUUCACUAGGCGCUGCAGGUGGCUGCAUGUUCCCAUCUCCACCGCACUGACGCUGUCCUGUCUGCAGCGCCCUGGAGCCUCGCUCUGGGCUCUACCAGUCCCUGGGGCCCUGGCCAGCACAAGGACCUGGAGAGGGGGGUGAGCAGGGCGGGGCCCAGGCAGUUGGGAAUGGCUGGGCUCUGAGUCAGGGUCAGGUUUCUCUAUCCCUGAGAUACCGUCGCAGUCAAACCAAGCCAGUCUUCCCUGGAGAUGUGUUGAGCCCUUGCCCUGG